AUGUCCAGGAAAUCAUCAACUAAUAAAAAAUGUGAGUCUUGGGCGGAAAAGUACUGUACUUUAAGCACAGUAAAAUUUUCAGCAACCAAUGGAAAAUCCGCCGAAAAAGCGAAUUUCGAUAAAACACAAAGUGAAUCGCCGAAUUCGGAAGCUUCAUCGAAGAAGGAAGAAGAAUAUUAUGAUGAAGUUAUCAAAAUUGAAAUAAAAUUUAGCGACUUGAUGUAAGUGUGGCCUAGGAAACCAAAUAAAUUAAAAAUCCUCUUUCAGAAACCUAGAACCCCUUUUGAAACUCAUCAAAUUGCUCGAGAAGGACUUGGAACAACGCCAAAAGUCGGCGAAAACAUCGGAAGAGGAAAAUUUGAAGAGCGAGAAAGUUGUCAAAACAAUUGCGCCAAUUCCUACGGAUAAUUUGACGCCGAAGAAAUUCGAUAAAGAGAGAAAGCGACGCGAAUAUGUGAAAGUUAGUGAGCUCAACUAA